AUGUCGUUAAUUGCGUUAAAUAAGUUGCACUUUGUGGAUGGAUCUCUUACUUCUCCAAGUGUUGAUCAUCCUAAUCAUCAAAAAUGGUUGCGUAAUGAUUACAUGGUUAUGUCAUGGAAUUUGAACUCUAUGGAAAAGAAUCUAGUUGAAUGUUUUAUGUUUGUUAAUUCGUCUACUGAAUUAUGGUCUGAAAUUUUUGAGAGGUUUGGACAUAGUAAUGCUCCUCAAUUAUUUGAUUUGCAUAGGAAUCUAAAUCUUGCUGCUCAGAAUAAUGAUAGUAUUGCUGAAUGCUAUGGAAGAUUGAAGAGAUGUUGGGAUGAGUUGCAAGUUUUGGAAGGUUUUCCAAAUUGUACUUGUGAAGCUUUGAAGAAGUGCAGUUGUGGAAUUCGGAAGAAGGUCUUUGAAAUGGACCUGAGCGAAGGAAAUUAA